GUCGCUGCUUGCCGCGUCUCGGUGUAGUGUCGUGGACGUGUUACCCGCCAAAACCGCUUCCCCGGUGUUUCUUAAUAGUGAGUCGCCCUUUGGACUUAACUAGUGAGAAAAGACCAACACUUUUAACCGUAAUGCUCCUCCGAUAUUCUAUGUGCUAAAGAGAUCGGAGUGUUGGUGUUAUGCGGUGCUGUCCUCAAAUGAACUAAAUCCGAGCUGGAAGGAGUGUAAUGGCAGAAGAUCGUUUAAACUCUAAUGGAGACAGGAAAUGGCGUGAUUCGUGACUGCCACCUGUAGAGAGCGUUCCAGACAUGGAGCCUUUACAGAUAGACUCUGGGAGGAGUGAGGGCUCGAGUGAUGGAGUCAGCAAGAAGUUCCUCUGGGCGAAGGCCGUCAGCAAGAUCGCGGCCAAGAAACAGCUGGAGGGAGUCAUGCAGAUCGCCGUACCUUGUGACGUCACCAGCGGGCCCCCCACCGUCACCGUUAGCAGCCAUGACACCAUGGACAAUAGUAAGGUUGAACGUAAGGAAUCCCAAGGAGAUCUAACGCCGAUAGCAGACGCGGCUGACGCUAGAACCGUCACCACCGUCGACGACAACGAGGACUUCGAUCUGGGCUGGGCAGACCACGAGGGCGAGCUGGUGUUUAAGCGUGGGCUUCUCUACAAAGGUAUCUACUGGCCUUCAUUGACCAACAGCUUCAGAGAGUGUCAUCUAGAACUGAGCUAUCAGAGAUACUCUCAUAGACAACGACAGAAGAGCCUUAUCAUCGUCAACCUCGUGGAUAUGAUGCUGAAGGCAGUUUUGGCUGUGUUGUGGGUGGUGCUCAACGGUUCCGUACAACCCCGGGAUCUAGAGUCAGCUGUCUGGUCCACUCUCAUGAUGACGCUGAACCUUGCAGUCUGUCUGCUGGGCUGGUGGAGGUGCUUCGCCAACAAAUACCUUCACUGGGCCGCAGUCUUCACGUGGGCUCUGCUCAACAUACAAGGGUUUGUCGGAGAGAGCCUGGGCUUCUGUUCGUCGGAGUACCUCGUUUGGUAUGUGCUGUUUAUCGUGUUUGUCACAUACGGCAUGUUGCCUCUGCCACUACGUUGGAGCAUGGUCGCUGGCUGUACAACGGCAUUUGUCCACGUCAUCGUUAGUGCCAUCUACAAAGUGCCCUCUCAUGAGGACGCUGGGUGCAAGACACGCCAACUACUAGCCACAGCGCUCACCUACACUUGCCUCAACUUUGCUGGGCUUUACACCAAGUACCUGACAGAUCGUGGACAGAGAAGGGCCUUCCUGGAGACCCACAGGUCUACAGAGACCCGUUACAGGACGCAGAAGGAAAAUGAUCAGCAGGAAAAGCUCCUGCUCUCAGUUCUGCCGGACUUUGUGGCUAAGGAGAUGAUCCGGGACAUCGCCUCGGAGGCAGAGAAAGGACAGUUUACUCCACAGCAGUUCCAUAGAAUCUAUCUUCACUGUUAUGAGAAUGUCAGUAUUCUCUUUGCAGACAUCAAAGGUUUUACAGCGUGGGCGAGUCAGUGUAAUGCUCAAGAACUGGUUCGAGUCCUCAACGACCUGUUUGCAAAAUUCGAUAAACUUGCAGCGGAGAACCAUUGUCUGAGGAUCAAGUUGCUGGGAGACUGCUACUACUGUGUGUCUGGUCUACCCAAGCCCAGGACUGAUCACGCGCAUUGCUGUGUAGAGAUGGGCCUACACAUGAUCACUGCCAUCCAUGACGUUCGCAACAAACUCAAUGUAGACCUGAACAUGAGGAUUGGGAUACAUUCAGGCUCGGUGCUGUGUGGAGUUCUAGGACUCCGCAAGUGGCAGUUUGACGUCUGGUCUUACGAUGUCACCCUUGCCAACCACAUGGAGUCUGGAGGGAUACCCGGGCGUGUUCAUAUAUCCAGAGCCACACUGGAGUGUCUACAAGGAGCUUACGAGGUGGAACCUGGUCAUGGUGGUACAAGGGACAACUAUCUCAAGGAGCAUGAGAUAGAAACGUAUCUAAUCAAACAGAAGGAGCCGAGUAAACCAAAAAGACGCUUGAUGACAAGAAUGUCUCGUGCGAGACUGUGGACUGAGGAGGAGCGACUGACCAACUCCAUCAAUAGAGACUCUCCCAACGCAACUCCUGCCCAUACUUACAGACAUGACAUCAUAAAACAGACAGACAGCAAUGGAAAUCAUGGUAACCAUAACAGCCUUGGGUUCAAUGACGAAUGGACGCCAGAAAUACCAUUUGAAAAUCUAAGCACAGGGGGUCAGGAGAUGGAGGGGGAUGAUUGUGGAGUUCCAGUGGCUGAGCCUCCUCCCUCCCUCACCCCCGCAGAGGAGGUUGACGUCAUCAUGGACCACAACAUUGAGGUAGAGAGCAAUCAGCGGAUCCGACGAGAAAACGUCAACAUCUGGACACUGACAUUCAAACAGCCGGAGAUGGAGAUGAAGUUUUGCCGGCUGAGGGAAGAUAUGUUCAAGUCCAACAUGCUCUGCUGCUACAUCAUCUGGUUAUUCAUCGUCGUUUGCCAGUUUGUCAUCUUGCAAUGGUCAGUCUUACUCGUGUUAGGGCUGCUAGGCACGACAAUGGCGCUCACCUUGGCCCUCGUGCUGGUGAUGGCUGAAGAGUUCCGUCAGCUGCCGCAGCCUCUACAGAGAAUGUCCUCAGUGCUGGUGCAGGAACGGAACAGACGAACCGUCUUCAUCUGCAUCGUGGUCACACUCAUGUGUUUGGCGUCUACGUACGGUUUGUUCUUAUUUGGUGAGAUCAGCGUGGAAAGUUCAACAGACUCUGAACUACAAACAGCUUUUUCUCGUCCUGUGCGUUCCAUAGAGCAAUCCCUUGAAGACAAUCUCAUUUCAAGUGCCUCUUUUAAAAGUGUAAAUAGGACAGGUGGUAAAUACGCAUCGUCGUACAAAAACGAGUACAGGUACCUUUUAAAAAGGAUGAGGUUUUUAAGAGAGUUUAUGAUUAAAUCUAAUGCAAUGGAGGCCAAUACGAAUGCCUUUAACGAAAGAUCUCAAUUAGUAAACGUAGAUAGAAGUAUGAACUCGGAGUUCACGGGUGAAAGUGCGGAUGUUUUAAAACAACCUCAUCGAGUGACUAGAAGCAACUCAGAUAGUUCGUAUGUUCGAGAACAACAGCUGAUUAGUGAUGAAACUCAGGUGAUCAGUGAUAACAGCCUAGCGGACUUCAACAAUCAGACAGCUGUGAUAUCAACAGUUGCAGCACCCUGCGUACACCCGGAGUAUCUUGUAUUUACCUGGGUCAUGUGUCUUGUGGCGCUCGCAACAACACUGAAACUCUACUUCCUCAUCAAAACUCUCCUCGCCUUCUUCAUGGUCACGUUCUACGCUCUGUUGGUGAUCAUUGGGUAUCCAAGCAUCUUCAUUGAAUACCCGGAAUCAAAGUUAAAGAUCCCGCUGACCUACCAGAUGCUCUUGCUAUUGCUGGUGUUCCUCAUGUUGGUUGCCUACCACGCUCGUCUCGUGGAGGUCACCUCCCGUCUAGACUUUCUGUGGAAGCGUGAGGCGCAAAGAGAACUAUCAGAGAUGAGAGAAACACGACGCAACAACCGUCAACUUCUACGCAACAUCCUACCUGACCAUGUCGCUAACCAUUUCCUCAUUCAGGAUAGACAGACUGAGGAGUUGUACUCCCAAUCCAGGGAUAAUGUUGGAGUUAUGUUCGCCAGUAUACCAAACUUCACCGAGUUCUACUCUGAGGAUAUAAAUAAGGGAAUCGAAUGCAUACGACUUCUCAAUGAAAUCAUUGUUGAUUUUGACGAACUUCUGGCUGAACCGAGGUUUGCAUGUAUUGAAAAGAUCAAGACCGUGGGAGCGAGCUACAUGGCUGCAUCAGGACUCAAUCCUACUCAGAAAGGAAAUGAAGACGACCAUGAGCAUAUUUGCGCUUUGGUCGACUUUGCCAUCGCCAUGAAACAGUGUUUAGAAGAACUGAACAAACACUCUUUCAACAACUUUCAGCUGCGUGUGGGUAUCAGCAGCGGGGCCUUAGUAGGUGGAGUUAUUGGGGCUCGCAAGCCCGUUUACGAUAUCUGGGGCAACACUGUGAACGAGGCAUCUCGUAUGGACUCUACGGGCACCAUGGGCAGAAUACAGAUACCCAAGGCCACAGCUAUGAUGCUGACGGCCAGAGGGUACCAGAUGGAGUACCGAGGCCUGGUACCAGUCAAGGGUAAGGGGGAGAUGGAGACAUACUACGUGGUCGGCCGAGGUCAAGGUGCCCAGGGGGCGUUCACCAGAACACCCUCUCAACACGCCUCGCUGGCAGCCGUCGUGUAUGGGAUGGUCCAGGCCAGGAGACGUCAGAAUACUGUAAAGAGACCACAUCCGCAGGGUGGUGGUCUGAGCCGCACCAAGUCGCACCACUCCUCGUCCCGCGGGGUGUUCGAGUCGACCUUGUCGCCGAGGUCGGGACUGGUCAACUUCCGCAGUUUCCGCAUGUCGCAGCAGACGACGCCCAGCACUGUGAGGCGACACAACACCUCUCGCCCCAGUCGCCAAGUCAGCCAACCAGCGGACACCCGCAGCUACCAGAACAUUCGCCAACUCAGCGUGGACCCGAAACUGCUCAACCAGGGACUUCUGUCAAGCCUACAGCUGAUCCAGCGGUCUGCUCCUCAGACACCGCUGAUAGACAACAAUCGUGCAGCUCGCGUCGCUCCAUCCACCAACAGAUCUCUCUCCCCUAUGAACAACACAGCUCGAUCAGCCUCCCCUAGUGACGUGCAGGCCUCCCCGUCCAGCUUCGGGCUGAAACCCCACGUUCGAUCUGUCUCCAUGAAUUUCUCAGAACCUGAACCUCAAGAGGUUAGAUGAUUGUCGGACUUCUAAGGAGAUACUCCUUAGAACGGUGCUAGAGACACAUUGCUUCUGUUCCUCACUAGGCCUAACAGAUCUUUUAAAUGUUGAUCUAUUUUUCGUACGAGUAUAGUGUGUGUUGUAUGUAGUUUCUACAUUCUUUAUACGGCUGUUCGUACGUGAAUUGUCUGUGACGACUAUGAACUCAUUAUUUAUUUGGCUGUGUAACUAUGUAUAAAGUAAACUACUAACUUCUGUGACAUAUAAUAAAGCAAUUUUACUACGA